AGUAACCUAGUAGAGACGAAAGUCAGCGAGGAUCGUCGACGCGGUGCCGACCGCGCAGAAGCCGCAUUUUAACGACGCGAAACGUUUAACCAGGAGAAAAUAACUUUGGUAGUAUUCUUCUUUUCCGAAAUUGGAUUUCAAAAGCGUAAAGACCGAGGGAAACGGCCGCACCGGUCGGUUUAAGACGGGAAAAGGGUUUAAAAACGACUCCGAGAGGAACUUCGCCGACAGCAGGAUGGAUUCUAUCAGCUGCUGCUAACUGAAAACGUCCAGAAAAUGUUGGAGAAAAGAUGUGCUGAUUUUCAUCUGGAGGUGGAAGUCAGAGGGAAAAACGUGAAGGAACCGUUCUGCAGCCAGUAUCACUGUGGCGCUCUGCUCGGCAGGGGUGGUUUCGGUUCAGUGUUCUCCGGCCAGAGGCUCUCUGAUGGACUGCAGGUUGCCAUCAAACAGAUUUCCAGUGACAGAGUUCAGCAGUGGGCCAGACUGCCCGGUGAAGUCAGCCCCGUGCCCAUGGAGAUCGCUCUGCUGCAGCGGCUGUCGGAGGUCGGGGGUCACGGGGGGGUCAUCUGCAUGCUGGACUGGUUUGAGGUGGAGGGGCGGGGCUUCCUGCUGGUGCUGGAGCGGCCGCCGCAGUAUCAGGAUCUGUUCGACUUCAUCACGGAGAGAGGAGCGCUGCCCGAACACCUCGCACUCAGGUUUUUCCGUCAGAUCGUGGAGGCGCUGCAGUUCGUCCACGCUCACGGCGUCGUGCACCGAGACAUCAAAGACGAGAACAUCGUGGUCGACACGAGGACGCUCGACGUCAAGAUCGUCGACUUUGGAUCGGGAGCGCCGCUCAAAGAGACGCCGUACAGCGAGUUCGAAGGUACUCGGGUCUAUAGUCCUCCUGAGUGGAUUCAGUCCCAGUCCUAUGAGGCCGUCUCUCUCACCGUCUGGUCUCUGGGGGUUUUGCUCUUCGACAUGGUGUGCGGCGACAUCCCCUUCGAGCGCGACCAGGAGAUCGUCAGGGCCACGCCCGUUUUCAUCAGGCGGGUCUCUAAAGAAUGCCAGUCUCUGAUUCGCUGGUGUCUGUCGUACCGUCCAGAGGAGCGACCGACUCUGGAGGAGAUCCUGUCUCACCCCUGGAUGGAGGGAGGAGAGGUGGAGGAGGAGGAGGACGGAGGAGGCGACCUGCAGGAGGACCACGGUUCUCUGCCAAGCCAGUCCCUUUAACUGCACAACCCUCAACACACAGGUCUCUG